CUUUUAAACCGUGGAUUCCUGCGCCGGAGAACUGCCAACCCAUCAUUGGUAGGCCACGGUCAGGUCGCCCGGCUACUCGCCAUGGCGUUGGGCGGCCUGCAAGAGGUGGUGGACCACUACGUCGAUGCAGACGUGGUCACUGAUGAGCUGAGAGAGGUGACUUUGAACAAAGUCAUCGAGGCUCUAGACCAAAAACGCAUGGAGCUAUUGGACAUCGUCGUGCACCUGGAGAAGGUGAUGUGCGAUGCCAGCAACCCCACUGGUCGGAGGAACGCGAUUCAAUUCCUGGCAUUUUGCUUACGGGACAAAGCGGAGUUGAAACUGAACUUCAAGCAUGUAGAGACCUUCGCCAAGUUCUUCGAGAACAAGCUGAGUGACUGGCAAUGUGUUGAGGGUGCAGUUCUAGGUAUUUUCGUGCUCUUCAAGCGCCAGGCAGCUCUGAUCCGCACCCUGAAACAGGAGACGGAGAACGGAGAAGUGCCCUUGGCCGUGCACCUUGCAGAUAAGAUGCUGAAGGAGGUGCAUGUGCCAUCGCAUACGCAGGCCGUGCGCAAGUCUGUGUUGGACACGAUCUUGUUGUUGGAGGAAGACUGGCAUGAUGAGCUGACCAUGCUGGGCCCUCACCUUGGCGACGGCAUCGCCGCCGCCAUCGAGGAGGAACGAGAUCCACGGAAUUUGUUAGCCUCCUUCAAGGUGGUUCGAAAGGUGAUGGCAGAUUUUCCUGCCGCCUGCGUUUCGAGAGAGGCGCUGACGGCUUUGUUCGACACGCUCUCGUCGUAUUUUCCCAUCACGUUCCAACCCCCGAAGGGAGACAAGAUCGGUAUCACCGGCGAUGAUCUGCGAGAAGCCUUGUCGCAGGCGUUUAGUGCCUCGCCCCGCUUCACGGACCAGGUUGUGCCCUUCCUCCUGGACGCGAGCAAAGACAUCGAAGCAGAUGUGGACGCCACCGUGGCGCAGGCCAUGCAGACCUUGGUCUUUUGCCUCGAGAAGUUCGGUCCCACCGCUGCGCAGAAGCACCUGAAGGACAUCUUGGUGACUGCGCGAGACCAGGUUUGUCGCACCAACACCAGCUGCGCCAGGGACUUCUGCAGAUGCGUGGUGGAGUCCCUGAAGAUUGCCAUGACGGGAGUCCCCACCGGGCUGCACCCUUCCUGGGUGGCCAAAGAUGUGAUUCCUGAACUCAAAGAGAUGGCGGAAGACGCCUCGAAAGGGCGCAUGUCCUUAGCUUCCGACGGUGCUCGGCAGUUGCUGCUGGCCGCGGCCGCAUCGCAUCCGGUGAUCUACGAAUACGUCUGGUCCGCCGUGAUGGCAGCCUUCCUGGAGGCCUCCUCGGGCUUCAAUGCGGAUGCGCUGACCUUCAUGGAGGAUAUGCUGCAACUGAGACCAGAGGGCGUCCUCAGCUCCAAGCAGCUGCAGCCGGCCUUGUCCGGGGCCCUGGCCACGCUGCGCUCCCUGACGCCGCGACCGGAGCCGGCGGCGGAGGUGGAGCCCGGGAAGUCCCUGGUGGCGGCGGUGGGCUUGGUGAAGCGCCUGGCGCUCGCGGCGCCUCAAGCGCCCAGUGCUGCUGAGGCGCUGGAUGCCUUGCAGAGCGCCCUGCUGGGAGGAACCUCCAGCUCUGCAUGGGCCGUUUGGGCACAGCAGUGGCAGAAGGAACUGUCAUCAAAGACCUACAGCAACGAGUGCGUCAGUGCACUGGUCACAGCAGUGUGCGACUUGCUCCCCAGCCAGCUGGAGCGCGCCAGAAGCAUGGCGCAGCUGCUGCUUCAGUUCUCAGUACCCUCGACACAGUGGCUCCCCCUGACCUUGCCCCGACUUUUGGCCUUCAACGCGCUAAGCCUCAGCGAGGCCACUUCGGCCACUUCCCAAGAUACGGAGCUUAGCAACGUGUUGCUGAAACG